UACAAACAGACCAACCACGACCAUGUCUACUGACCUAUUGAAGCAAACCCACCAACUGCAGGUGGCUCGGUUCGAGACAGCCAUGGACCGACCACCUUCCCCUGCCCGACUGGCCUACACAUCUGACAAACAUCCCCGGCACACGCUAGAGGCGAUCAACGUCCUACGCAAACACAGAGAACUUUGUGACGUUGUACUCAUUGUGGGACAAAAGAAAAUUUUCGCACACCGAGUAAUUUUGUCAGCAUGCAGCCCAUACUUCCACGCCAUGUUUACAGGCGAGUUGGCCGAAAGUCGACAGACAGAAGUGACGAUACGAGAUAUAGAUGAAACAGCUAUGGAGUUGUUGAUAGACUUUUGUUAUACGUCUAACAUCACUGUGGAAGAAAGCAAUGUUCAGACACUCCUUCCUGCUGCUUGUCUGUUACAAUUGGCCGAAAUACAAGAUGUAUGCUGUGAGUUCCUAAAACGACAACUGGACCCAUCAAAUUGUCUGGGAAUACGAGCUUUUGCUGACACCCACGCCUGUCGGGACCUUCUCCGGAUAGCAGAUAAGUUUACGCAACACAACUUUCAGGAGGUGAUGGAGAGUGAGGAGUUCAUGCUGCUGCCAGUGAACCAGUUGGUGGACAUCAUCUCCAGUGACGAGCUCAACGUACGCAAUGAGGAGCAGGUGUACAACGCAUGCAUGGGCUGGGUGAAGUACAACAUCCAGGAGCGUCGCACACACCUGCCCACAGUAAUCCAACAUGUCCGCCUUCCUCUGAUGAGUCCCAAGUUCCUCGUGGGCACAGUCGGAGCAGAUCUUCUUAUCAAAAGUGACGAAGCAUGUCGAGAUCUUGUAGACGAAGCCAAAAACUACCUGCUCCUACCUCAGGAGCGCCCCCUGAUGCAAGGUCCAAGAACUAGACCCCGCAAGCCCAUCAAGUGUGGAGAGGUGUUGUUUGCAGUGGGUGGUUGGUGCAGCGGUGAUGCUAUAUCCAGUGUAGAAAAGUAUGAUCCACAGACCAAUGAGUGGCUCCUGGUAGCCCCAAUGAGCAAGCGGAGAUGUGGCGUGGGCGUGGCUGUUCUCAACGAUCUAUUGUAUGCUGUGGGCGGCCAUGAUGGACAAUCCUACCUCAACAGUAUAGAGAGAUAUGAUCCCCACACUAACCAGUGGAGUAGCGAUGUGGCCCCGACCAGUUCGUGUAGGACCAGUGUGGGCGUGGCAGUCUUGGGGGACUACUUGUACGCAGUAGGGGGUCAGGACGGUGUUUCCUGCCUCAACUAUGUCGAAAGGUAUGAUCCUCAGACCAACAAGUGGGCCAAGGUUGCUUCCAUGAGCACCAGGAGGCUGGGAGUGGGCGUUGCCGUCUUGUGUAGCUUCCUGUAUGCAGUUGGUGGCAGCGAUGGCACUUGUCCCCUCAACACAGUGGAGCGUUAUGAUCCUCGGACAAAUCGCUGGACCCCUGUAGCUCCGAUGGGUACACGGCGGAAACACCUGGGUGUGGCUGUGUACAACAAUAUGAUCUACGCUGUGGGCGGCCGUGACGACACCACAGAGCUCAGUAGUGCAGAGAAGUACAACCCCCAGACCAACACGUGGCAGCCGGUGGUUGCCAUGACGUCCAGGAGGAGUGGGGUGGGGCUAGCAGUCGUGAAUGGACAGCUGAUGGCAAUCGGAGGAUUUGACGGGACAACAUACCUGAAAACUGUGGAGAUUUAUGACCCUGAACAGAACUGUUGGAGGAUUGUUGGGGGAAUGAACUAUAGGCGCCUUGGAGGUGGAGUUGGCGUUGUCAAAAUGCCACAAAACGAUUCUCAUCUCUGGUAGCCCUGGCAACGUUUCUGUAGGUGUGAUACAGUAGCUGCAGUGUUGUGUUUCUACCACUGGGAAACAGUUCUGGGAUCAGGAUUCUGAUGUGCCAUUUAGGGUGGUUAUGGACAAAACGGUGGUCGGCAUGGAAACUGUCUCAUGGUGUUGAAGAACCACAGCUUUCUGAUGUUCUGUGUCGUACAUGGAGUUAGCGACUCAACAAUCUGAACCAUACGUACAACCUGACUUGUGGAAUCUGCCACUGUUGUUCUUGAAUUCCACAUGAACCUGCAAUUCUUGGAUUCUGCAUUACCUGCAGAUCAUUACUAGCAGAGAUUGCUGUGUUUUGAAACUGAAACAAUCAUAACUGCAGACAGCGUAAUGAUGCUCUAACAACACAAUGAUCCAUCUGGCGGCAACACCGGCUAUUGAUGAAGACAUUGAAUGAGAUACCAUUGGCCCCACCUCAUGACCAAUAUGCUGAUUUUUUUAAAGCCAAAAAAAAUGACUGGUGUAAUUGUGACUGACAAGUGAUGAGCGUUUGAC